UACGAGCCUUUAUUUUGAAAUUUCCAGUCGGAAGUAAUACAACAUUUGACUUGACUGAAGUUCAUGUCUUUUAUCCUCGGCCCCUCCUCCAGCAGAGCAGCGUGUGUUCCUCAGCUGGUCCUGCCCUGGUGCAGAGGGAGCGGAGCGGGGACUACGUACCGCCUCCGCCCGCAGCCACGGACACGGGCCGGGGAUGGCGUCGCUCGGCGUGGGGCUGCAUCUCAUCCGUAAGCGGGGAGCGGGCAGGAGCGCCGCGGUGGAGAGGAGGAACCUGCUGACGGUGUGCAGGUUUUCAGUGAAGACUCUGUUGGACCGUUCCUGUUUUGAGACGAUAGAUGACACAUCUCCAGAGUUCGUUAACUUUGUCUCCAUCCUGGAGCACAUCCUCAGUCAUCGACUCAAAGGUCAGACAACGUGGUUUGGCUAUGAGAGUCCUCGGAGUUUCUGGGAUUACUUAAAAGCUGCCUGCAGUAAAGUCCCUCAUAAUUGCAUCCGGAGCAUCGAGAGCAUGGAGAACGUGCGAUCAUCGAGAGCUAAAGGCCGGGCGUGGAUCAGAGUGGUCCUGAUGGAGAAAAGAUUAUCAGAAUACAUCUCAUCUGCACUGAGGGACCUCAAAACCACCAGGAGGUUUUACGAGGACGGAGCGAUCAUGCUGGGGGAGGAGGCGGGGCUGCUGGCCGACACACUCAUCGGGCUCAACACCAUUGACUUCAGCUUCUGUCUGAAGGGCGAGGGUCUGGACGGCAGCUGCCCCGCCGUCAUCGACUACACGCCGUACCUGAAGUUCACUCAGAAUGCAGACAGCAUCAGCAGCGACGAGGAGGAGAUGAGGACGCUUGGGAGCAGCGGCAGUGAAGGCAGCACCCCCGAUAAAAUGGCAACCGCCGCCUCCAUCUUCACCGAGCAAAGCAACCUGGUCACCAAGUGCAAACGCUUUGAGCAGAAGUACCGAAUGGCUCUGGAGCAGAAGGGUUACCUGGAAGAGCUGGUCCGUCUCCGAGAAGCCCAGCUGUCAGAGGCUGUAUCUCAUAACAAAGCUCUCCAGCAGAGCCUAGCAGACACACACCUCUCCCACACAGUGGAGAAAGAGCAGCUCGAGUACAUCGUACUGGAACUGCAGGACCAACUGACGGUGCUGAAAAACAAUGAUUUGCGCUCCAGACAAGAGUUGACGGCUCAUCUGACCAAUCAGUGGCCGUCUCCCGUCGCCUUGGAUGCCAACGCGGUUGCCUUGGAUACACUGCUGUACAGGAAGAGCACGGGACAGUGGGACACGAAGAGUUUUCAGAGUCUGGAGCAGCUGUCUGCAGACAUGAGUCUCUCCCAGACGUCUCUUGAACCGUCACAAACACUGAGCCUGGAGGCCAGGCCGGCCGGCACGCACUGGCCCCAACAAGGUAAAGAGGAGACUCCUUCUCUAAGAGGUCUGUGCGGCUCCCUGACCUCCGUCGCCAGCUACAAGUCUCUGGCCAGCCUGAAGUCCAGCGAGUGUUUGGCCAGUCCUGCAACAGAGAUCAGCAGCCCGGGCUUCACUCCUUCAUAAUGAACGGAGAAGAAAAAGAAAAAAAAAUCUCCACCAGGGCCAGACAAUCCAGUCCCAAUCCAGGAACUUUCUAAAUGUAGGUGAUAUUGAUUUGUAGACCUUUAUGAUCUGUAUGUGGAGCUUCAACAGAUGGAGGUCAGGUUUGUAAGUUCAGAAUCUGGUGUAGCAUGUUCUCUCUUAAAGGGACAGUACACCCACAAAUCAAAAAAAUCAUAUUUUUCUUCAUACUUAGUAGUGCCAUUUAUCAGUCUAGAUUGUUUUUAGUGUGGGUUGAGGAGUUGGAGAUUAGAGCUGCAAUAAUUGAUUGAUAGAAAUAAACAUAAUCAGCACCACUUUUGAUUAUCACUGACUCAUUAAAGUAAUUUUAUUAUGCACAGAUUGCAGUAGAUUGCUCUCUUUCUCUUGAAUAUAAUGGAUCUGUAAGGCACUUUGCUUGUGAUGCUCAAACUGCCAACAGAAACUGAAUUUGAAAAACAAAACAGUCAUGUCUCUUUCCAAAA